CGGGCUCAAAGUUCCACGGUUAGGUUGGUGAAUAGCGGGGACUCUUUAUAUAUUCCGCCAUCGUUUUAGCUGCUUUUAGUUUUCAGCGAGGUAUACGGCCGGGUAACGCACGACGAGGCGCCUGGCAAUCUACUUUUCGUUGCGCGGUUGUUUACAUCACGUGAAUUUAUUAUCAUUUUAUGGUGUAUGAAAACAUCACUCCAGAACUAAGAGUUAUAGCACUAUCCACACCCGGCUACUAUACCUAUUUUUAUCGCUAGAACUAUACCACUAGUGCUUACAAUGGUGAAUGACAAGGAUGUUAGGCGGGAGGCCAGAAAAAGGGGAGCAGCAUUGCGGAAAAUCCAGCACGAGGAUAUAGUUAUUGCUACACCAAACCAAACAAGCGGAAACUCGCGAACAAGCUCCAUCAGAAGAACACGGAGCACACCGACCCAACUCGACCGGGACAAGCACAACGAUGACGACGACUAUUUACACAUAGGACCUGCGUCAGCCCGGCUGACUAGAAAAAAGACAGGAAAGAACGUGAUACCACCGAAUCGCGAAGAAAUCGGUAGCCUUGAGGUUACCCCGCCGUCGUUGAAGAGGGGCAGGGGUCGGCCCCGCAAAAUCUCUCUUUUGCCGCAGGGAGCUGUCAAAUCUGGGGGUAAAGAGACUCCGGGUGGCUCUUCCACUCAUACCUCCACCUCUAGAUCUGGCCAUAAGGCCAAUGGUAUAGACCAGGUUCUUGGACAGUCCAAGAAGACCAACUCCUUGAUGAGCCCUCUCAACAGAUACGUGGCACCAGACUUGCCCAGACUUCGCAAUUCCGAUAUAGCUAAUGCCCCACCCCUACAACCAUUUGCUCUCAACGAGCAAACCACGUUGGUGCACAAGUCCCCUUCACCCAUCUCCGAGUACCCCAAAGGAGUUCCGCCACGUCUGACCAAGAAAAAUAUCAAUUCUACCAAGGAAAACGUCAGUUCCUCCAAGAACAUUAAUGCUUCCAAGAAAAACCCUCAGGCUGCCAACCGACAGUUGCUAUCCUUAAAUUCCUUCAUUAAGACCCGUACUAAAGAUGACAGCCCCGCAAGGAGACGACUGAUUGCCCGAGAGCAAUUGUUAACCGCCAGAAGGGGGGCAGGGAAGGCCAACUCGGCGGAAUCCGCGAUAAAAGAGCAAAUGCCGGUCCUGUUAGAAACUACAGGGCGUGGGGAAAAGAGAAGGAGACUACUGGUGAAACCUGCCAAACCCGAUUAUAUCCUGCUGAUAGAUGCUUUCCUAGAUUCUGAUUCUGAGUAUGACUCGAAGGAGAUGACGCCAGCUAAUGCGAGACCCCAGGAACUUGAACUUAACGAUAGCUUUGACGAUGAGGAGUAUCAUAAUUCCCAGGGAGAGGAGACUGAACGACAUGCAAGCGGCCUUCCCGAGAAGAAAGAUGCGCGCCGACAAAAGGUAUUGGUCAAUAAGGCCAUCUCCAAACCAGUACAGUCUUCCAAAACAUAUGCCACUGGGCGCGCAAAACGACAAGCGACAAAACAGCCAAGGACGGUGGCAGAACCUGGGAGCGAUAAUGAUGACAAAGACGCUGAUUAUUCUAUUGACGAGACCAAAACUCCCUCUGAAUCUCUCAGUCAACGAAUCUUGCGUAAUUCGCGGAGUAAGAGACACACCUCACUCGAAGUCAAAGUGAAGAGACUCGAAGUUGCAGCCGAGGAAUCACCCGCUCCGGAAGGGUUGCGUUCAUCACAGCUACACAUGCACAAGGUGACUACAUUAGACGUUUUGUCCCAGUUGAUUGACGAAUUCCUCACGUUAGAGGCACCUAAACAUUCCAAGUCUUCAAGAACAUCUGUUGCCACAGCGAUAAAGCCUGCCGACCAACACGCUCUCUUAACAAACUAUAAGCACCUCAUCAACGGUCACUUCGGCAAAUUACUUGACACCCUUCUCUCAACCGACGCAACUACGAAGAAGAUCCGCGAAUUGGCUAUCAAGAAGAAGGAAUUGCGCGGUGGGUUGCUAGACAUUAAGAAGCGCAGAGCGGAAAUUGUCUCGCGCACCGAAUUAGCCCGUGAACAGUAUGCCGCUGCCGAGCGCAACUACCGGGAAAUGAAUCUGGCAAAUUCUUUUUUCAAAAGCUUGCAUCCCGAGACCGACGAAGUUAUGGCUGAACAGAAUGAGCCAGCGGAGGAACCAGAGAGCGCGGAGGUUCCAACACAAGUCGACCAGGAAACCAGCAGCGGACUGGGAGUGGAAAAGGAGCCACCAGCUCCAGACGUGUCCAUCGGGCUUGAUGACACACUCCAGUCUGAAAGACCGGAGUCCAGCCCAAUGGUGACCCAAAGUGAGGGAGAAACUGCGGCUCGAUCCUCACCGAUUCCGGCCUCUAUCACCACGUCCACGGUUCAGGAGGAAGAAGCUUUUAUUGUUCCGGUGGAGUUUACCACGAUAGCGACAACUUCUGAGCCACUUCUAGGUGAGUAUACCGUAUUAGGCACAAGCUCUGGGUCACAACUCGCUUCCUGCUCGCUGUCGGUAUCUCUUUUAGAGUUGGAGCGGAGACUUAACAAGUUGGACAGAGUCAUCAACCCCCAUUACGGACUUUAUCAAAAACUCGUCAGGUUGAACGAAAUGUUGAAAGAAAUCGAUGCCGCCUUAUAGUACCAGCAAUGCUGUCUCUAAGUCAAUUGAAAUUCCCUGUGGGGGUAAACCAGCGCAUGGUCUGUAGUAUCAAUUAAUAUCAAUAGGCACCGAAGGAUAAUAGU